CUCAGCGCCAUCGAUGGCCCGUUCCAGCUUGCCGAGUACCUGGCGCUGAAGAUCCGGGCGGACCCUCAUGAUGUUGCGGGGCUCGUGGAGGUCCCAGCGGAAGGGAGGUCCACCGACAGGGAUGUCUGGAUAUAUGAGCAUCUCAGCAGACGGCUUCCGAUUGACCUGACCCCUUUGGUCUCCCAGCUCUUGAGUCACUGCACCAAGGAAUCAUGUCCCGAGAUGAAAGCGGACCAGUGGCAAUACCUCUGCGUAGCGCAUGGAAGCGGGGUCUCUGAGGAAUGUUCCGCCAUCGACUAUAUCCUGCAUACGCUCGACUCUGCCACAGCUAUCCUGAACUCGACCAAGAACUUCCCCUCAAGAAUGUCAAUCCCACCUGGAUCGCUCUCUCAUUUCCCAUCCCUCUCUCGCCGACUAUCGCGCAUCUUCUCUCACGCCUACUUCCACCACCGCGAGCAGUUCCUGAUCUCCGAAUCUGAGACAUCUCUCUAUGCGCGCUUCGUCGCACUAUGCGAGGCGUACGGUCUUGUCGGCAAGGAGCUGCUCAUCAUCCCGAAUCUCGGCAAGGCGGAGGAGGCUUCCGAGGAUGAAGAAGAUGACGAAGCAGGGGACAUGGAAGAAGAGGACGAAGCAGAUGAG